AUUUAUAAGGGUAGUUGAGUCACUUUGCACCCGCGAGAUAACUGUGAGAGCAAGGUCUCUCUGAAAUGUUGUGUCUCGUACCUCUUUCAAACCUAUUGGUGUUCGGAAAAGGCUCUUUUCAAAACAUACUGGUAAUUUUGAUAAGCCCUUUCUAAAACACAUUGGUGUCUGGGUCAUCCUGACCCUAAGAAAACUGUAUAAAUAGAAGAGCUUCAGCUCUGGUUUUUUAGAUCGCAUUUUGGGACGUCUCAAACUGUGGGGAUCUCGUGUGGUGGAACGGAACAAAUAAACCUGGACCCUUGCUUCUCCUCACUCACGGCUGGUGUCUUAUUUUUCUUGCUCCAAUUGAAUAUGUGAGAAUCUGUUUCUAUGUUAAGUGUCUUCAGGUAAUAGGCAAAAUUUGGGCCAGCACCAGUCCGCUAGGUUAAUCUUCUUUUGUGGCUUGUCUGCACAAUUCCACCACCAGGGGCCGCCCCAGAGUAACAUGUGACGGUAGUAUCGGCAAUCCAUCGCUCUUCCUGUGAGACCCGGAUGUGAAGACCUGAAUUUUAAGAUCUGAAUUUUUGCAGUCUGAAUUUGUGAGGUUGAAAAAUAAAUGUGUUGAAAUAUUACAUGAUGAAUAAUGAAGAUGGUAUUUUAACACCUGAAUAUUUUGGAACUGUAUUUUAGGAAGGUGAAUAUGUGUGCAUUGAAUUUUUAAUUUUGUUUUCAAUCAAAAUAUACACACCCAGUGAAUUGCAGAGGAAACUAAUUCAAGCACUGAUAUUGCUGGGUUAUUUUGUUGUUGUUUUUCAACAACAACAACCUCGCUCUCUCUCUCUCUCUCUCUCUCACUCUCUCUCCGUGUGUGUGCGUGAGUUCAGGAAAAUGGCCGAGGCGAGUAUUUCAGUAGAUCAGGAUCAGUUCAGCUGUCCAGUUUGUCUGGAUCUACUGAAGGAUCCGGUGACGAUCCCCUGUGGUCAAAGUUUCUGUAAGGUGUGUAUUAAUGACUGCUGGGAUCAGGAAGAUGAGAGCGGAGUGUAUCGCUGUCCUCAGUGCAGAGACACUUUCACUCCAAGGCCUGUUCUACGCAGAAACAACAUGCUGGCUGAAGUGGUGGAGAAACUGAAGAAGACUGAAGUCCAAGCUGCUUCUCCUGCUCACUGUUACGCUGGACCUGGAGAUGUGGAGUGUGAUUUCUGCACCGGGAGAAAACACAAAGCCGUCAAGUCCUGUCUGAUGUGUCUCUUCUGGACGUUAGGUCUCACCCAGCAUCACUGUCAAUCAACAUCUCUCAUUUGAUGGAGUGAGGAAAUCUCUCUAUGAUCUGAAAAAGAGACUCGAGGAAUUCUGCCAGAAGGAAUUCAUCAAAAUCCCUGAACAUGGUGAGAGAAAUUGUCCUGCUGGGAAAUCUUUACUUUCUCUGCAGCACAGUAAAGAGAGACAUCAAAUUUCCCCAAAACACACAGACUUUCAAAUUUCAAAUGAUUACAUGAGGGGAUUACUCGAUGUGCUUCGGUUGUUUUCCUCAGGUACGCUGGUUUCCUCCCCCAGUCCGAUGACAUGCAUUGUAGGCUAGUUGACAUUUCCAAAUUUCC